AUGGCCGCGCUGCUUGCCAGCCCGCCGAUGGCAUCCAUCCUUCUCAACCCGGCAGACGAUGCCUUUACGCCACUCAACCCAAUGUCACGCUCGAUGUCCCUUCCUUCCCAGGCUCGUCCCCGCCCCCGCCGCGGGUCGUCAUCGAAGGAGGGCACUCCCCAGCGCAGGAUUAAAUUCGCGCCUCUGCCUGACCCUCGCAAGAACGUGCUCGUGACCGAGGCAGGCGAAGAACUUCCAUUACCCGAUGUCUUCGACGAGGAGAAAGACACCCCUACGCUCGUCACAUUCCCGCCCUCCCCUACGGCGCCUAGCCAGCCGCCGACCGCUCCUGCUCAGGUCCUGAGCUACAACUUGUCCCCUCAGCCGUCGACCGCCUCGCUCGGUCUCAGCGUCAGUGCACCAUCAUCACCACGUGCGCUCCGGCGGCAUAGCCCUGCGCGCGACGCCAACUCUGGUCUCGCCAAGAAAUGGCUUCGGCCCUUCCGUCCCCGCUCUCGCAGCCGCGACCGGGCCGACGCCUCCGCCCCCUCGACGCCCGCCACGCCCCGCUUCGACGCAUCAAUGCUGGGCGCGCCGCUCUCACGCUGGACUUCCGCAUCGAGCGCCUCAUCAAAUCGCACCGCCCUCGCUCGCACAGAGUCCCGCGAGCCCAAACAGGCACCGGCGGGCGCACGCCUCAUGCUCAACGGUCGCACGUACGGCGGACGCCGCGAACGGCAAGGCCCGAAGACGCCGUACACUGAGCCCGAAUUCGUCGAGUGGGGCCAGGGCGGCAUGGGUGCCGUUCGUAAUGCGCAGUGGGGAAAGCUGCAGGGCGAUGACCCGUUGCGCGGCCGGUCGAGCGCCAGAACCAGCACGGACAAUGCCGAUGAAGAUGAUGGGAGCGGCAUGGCGUGGCUGAGGAAACGCAGGGCAGAGAAGGAAGCCAAGGCACGUGCGGAGAGGGAACAGGCCGGCGACGCGAGCGCAAGUAGCGCUAGCAGCACUACAAGCGAGAAGAGCUCGGGCGACGGAGGCGCCGAUACGGAUGUUACCGCACCUGAUGAAGGCGAUGAGGUCACACUCAAGUCUGAAGAGCACGAGGUCAAGGCCGUCAACGUCCAGCAGCACGCUGAGAGCUCGUCCGGAGAAGAAGAGGAAGAGGAGGACACAUCCGAGAAGGAGCGCGAUGAGGAGGACAGUGAAGCUGAUGCGGAUGAUGACGAGGAGGAGGAUGACAACACUCGCAAGACGGCCUUAGGCGCCGGCAUGGAGAAGGUCUCUCGUCACCACCACUAA